UCAGAAGAGGGUGUAUGUUCUGGAACUGGAAUUACAGGUAGGGCUGCUAUAUGGGUGUUGGGAACAGUUCUGCAAGAAUACCAAGCACUUGUAACCGCUAAGUCCUCUUUGUUCUUUUUCAUAUUUAGUCCUCAGAGUGCACUGAAGUUCACAAUAUAGCUGACCUUGCAUACUCAGUUUUUACCAGAAACACUUCAUCCAUAUUUAGAUGUCUUAAAGCAGUUGGAAAAAAAAAGAAAAACCUAAAGUUGUCCCAAACAUUUAACUUUUCUGAUAAUUGAGUUGAGUGAAAUUUUAAAUUUAAUAACUUUUGUUGGUAUGCUUAUUGAGAUGUUGAGCUACAGCCCCAGCUUUAACUUUUAAGUUCAAAUAUCAUGUUAUUUUUGUGUGUAUAUUUGUGUGUGGCAUGUACAUGUCACAGCACACAUAAGGAGAUCAGACAUCUUUGUAGAGUGUUUCCCCUGUUCCACCUUUACAUGAGUUAGCUCCAAGUUCAAACGUUGGAUACCAGGCUUGCUAGGCAAGCACCUUUACUCAGUUGUCUGGCCCUCCUUCCCCACCUAGUUUUAGAUUUAAAUUAGUGAAAUUGAAAUUUAAUUAUUUUGCUAUGCUAACAGCUUCUGAGUAGGACAGCUCCAAAGAUCAUUUUCUGGUUUUGUGGUCCCUAUACAGUCUUCCCAUUAGUGAUCAAAGGAUUGGCAAGUCAGUUUCUUCUAGGUGCACAUCUAACAUUCCGUGACCUUGUCUAACUUGGGAGCAGGAAGUGGUAAAACCUUCAGGAGAACAUCUCUGUGUCUUGUGUGUGCUUCUGAGGAGCAAAGCAGACCAUUUGGAAAGAGACUGCUUUUGAGUUCCUUGUUUUCAUUGUAACCUCUUUUCUGGGCCUUGUGUGUAUUGGUAUAGUUCAUUUGAAUUGAUGUAGUGAAUCAUUCUGCUGACCUGCAGAAUUCCCAAGGAGAAUAUUCAAAUCCAUAUACAUGAGAUGCCUGCUGCACCUAGCUGUACAUUUGCCAGAGACUUGGGUCAUUCCCCUGGGUUGCUGUUCAGCUGGCCUGGUUGUGACAUACAGAUGAGGCAAUGGAAUUUAGAAUCUGAACCAGGGGUGGGUACUGGUCUUUACAGUUAACACAACAGGAUAGCCACAGCAUAUUUGGCUCAUUUCCUUUUGAGCCAGUGAGGCAAGCUAAGUCCGUUAUAUGUCAAACUGAUCACAUAAAAUGCUACAUAUCCAAGGUGAGUGAUGAUAUUGAAAAUGAUUUGUUGACUUGGAAAUAAUGAGAGCAGACUCGUGCUGGCUGGCUGUGAGGACUCGUGUGACUGGUGGAGGCUAUGGACAUCUACCUCCAUGUUUGAAGAGUAGGCAAGUGUGAAACAUGAGGGCUUCAGUGUGGUGGAGUUGAUGGUGUCAAUGUCUGGGGAACUGGAAAGUCAAUAUGCUCACAUGAAACUAUGUUUUCAUAAGAGCCUGUACCCCAUGCUGGGGUUGGUGGAGCAUGCCUUUAAUCCCAGCACUCAGGCAGGCAGACCUCUGAGGCUACCCUAGUCUACAUAGUUCCAGGUCAACAUGACUAUACAGUGAUAUGGUCUAAAAAACAAAGCAAACCCUAACCUCUGGCAGAGCAUUGGUGCUCUGCAGCGUUUUUUGUUUUUGUUUUUUAUAUCUAGGCUGCACAGACAUGUGUACAGAAAAUGAGUGUCCACCAAUAGGAGCAGUCAGAAUCUUAUUUCCUUUUCACUCUUAGUUUAAAUCCCUCCCUUCCUUCCUUUUUCAUUUAAAUCCAUUUCUAACUACUGUGUUUUCCCUGGCUCCAAAAACCUUCAAGCAUUUUCUCCAGGCUAUGCUUUGUCCUCUUCUGUGUCUUGUUCGCCGUCAGCAUUAAGCUUCCCCGAGCGGAACAUGGUGUCCACCUUUCCCAUCCUCACCUGCUUCACCCUCUCCACCCUUCCACAGUCUUUACCUGGCUCUCUGCUCCCUACAUGGUCCCCAGAUUACAAGUGCUCUGAGAACUGUGCAGGACAUGUGGUUUCCUGGUUUCUAGCCACAGAUAAUCUGUACUGUUAAGUCUUUUUCUAGCUCUAUAGAUGCUAUUUUGAAUUUUCAGAAAAUGGUCAGUUAAGUGUAUAAUGUAAGCAACAUGGUGCUGGUUUGCUUUCAAAAACUGAACUAUUCAGUUAUUUUUGUUGCUGCUUCGUAGUUCAUCAAAGUAACAAAAACACAAACACAGGUCAGCAUUCCUUGGUAGGAAGAAACCACCAGCCAGAGCAUCUUUCAGAUUGAUUUAACAAUUGCUGUCUUAUACUGCUGCCUUCCUUCUCCUUUGAAAUGUCCCCCUGAGCAUCAUUUUGAGAAGUGACAUCAUUAGGUCAUAUAGACAGACAUUCUUGAUUGCUCUUUUCAGGAAAUUUAUCUCAGUGGGGGCUUGACACUGCAGUGGAUGUCCCUGCAGAGGCACCCCAGGACUGCAUCACCAGGGUUUCAUGUUGAGCCUUGGCAUAACAUGAGGUGAAGCAGACUGCAUACUAACUCACCAUCUAUACUAUGCACUUUGCUGUGUGACCUAUUUUCUUCCUGCUAGAGAGUUCUUUAGCAUCUCUCCAGAUACCACCUUAUGUACCAGGCAUAGGACAGCAGGAAUGAGCAUUUCUAUCGCCAGAAGCCAUGCUUGUACAUAGGAUAGUCACACAAACCAUCUACAACCAAGCCUGUUUAGGGACAUCUCUAAAACCAGAGGGAACCAGAAACUAGAGAGGCAGGACCAGAUGACCCGAGAAAGCCUUUUUUCCUUUGGAAUAUUCAGCUAUGUGCACUUUUACUCAAAUGUGUUCUUGGUUCAGUGCCAUGACGGGAGAAUAUGUAUCCUCUUAAAUCUCAACCCAAAUUUGCACCUAUCACUUGUGCCUCGCUGUUUUGUGGUAUGGGUGCUCAUACCGGUAUCACAAAAAAACAAGAGUAAUAUGCUGCACUAUACCGUCACAGCUGUGACAACUGUGAUGUCACUAAAUGAGGGGGCAUUUCAACUCCAUUAUGACCUGAAGUGCUGAGCAUGCAUUCUGUCAUCACGUGCCCUUGAAUGAUUGGUGUCUCUAUAUUAUCAGGCCCCCAUUGAAUAUUUGGCCCUCAUUUUGUGGCACUGUUUGUGUGUAAGUGGGGGGGGUGCUCAAGAGAUAUUCCCUCACUGGAGGAAGUAUGUCACUGAAGUAGGUUUUGAGAACUUAAAGACUUGCACCAUUUUGAGUUUGUUCUCUGUUUGUGGCUUGAGGCUUGAAAUUCAAGCUCUAAGUUGUUCUUGCUGUCAUGCCUGCCAGCUGCUUUGCUUUCCCAUGGUGAUGGUGAUACUUAUCCCUCUGGAACCAUAAACUCUUCCAUGAUUUGUCUUGGUCAUGAUAUUUUGUCACCUCAAAAGAAACAUAACUAAUGCACAUGUCCACGGCCUUUGCACAUUUUUCUGAAGUGUGAUUCCUAUUGUAAGCAGUUCCAUUCCAUUCUUCCUUUUGACAUUGAAUUUCUCAAGAGCAAGACUCAUGCCUCAAUCCUUUAAAAGUGAAUAAGAUUAAAUAGAAAAGGAAGAGAAUGGGGGUGACCUAAAAUGACUGCUUCUUAGAAAUCACAUUUGAUGGCAAGAAUAGCAGUGUGAGUGAAGAACUGGCUGUAGACAUUAGGAACAAACACAAAAGGCCCGUCUUCCCAUGUCAGAGAAGCUUGGAGACAGGCAAAAGGGUAGUGUGGGGGUUCCAUAUUAUUAUCAGGAGUCUAGGUUCUAUUUUUCUGCAUGGCUACCCCUAGCUCACGACUUCCCUCUUCAAGGUAACCUCAUGGUUCAAAAUGACUGCUGGGAUAUACCCAUCGCAUCCCUUCCAGGCAAGACAGUGAGUGACUAAAAGGUGUUUAUUCAAUAAAGGCAGCCUCCUUUAAAGGUACUCAAUUUCUGUGGCCUUCUCUGGAACUUCUCUGGGCCCAUCCUCAGCAGCAGGCCUGUCCCAGUGUAGCUCACUCACAUUGCUAUUUGCUGGGAAGAAGAGGGAAAGGAACAAUGCUUUGUUCUAGCAUGGAAGAAUGACCAGCAACCUUCUUAUCCUUCUGAGACAAACUCCUGGCUCAAUGACCUGUGAGGGCUAUUUCUGCAUGCACACUCCAUCUUUUUCCAAGGCUUCUCUGUAGGUAAGAGCUUCUGACCCUAGUCACAUCACUUCUCAGACUGCUGAGUCUUUACAGCUGAAGGUCCCUCUCCUCUGAGAUGGACAGUGUCAGCAGUAUGCUUGCCCAGACGACAUGAACCAGGUCAAAAGUAACCGAGAACUGUUCCUGCAAUACUCAGCCACAGCCCCCAAACUGCUGGCACGCGUCUCCAAACUCCUCAUUGUCUGCCGAAACGCAGGCAUUUCCAUCCCCAAAGGCAUCAGGAAUAUCUUUGAGUUCACCUGGGAGGAGCUCAUCAGCGAUCCUGCAGUACCUACUCCAUCUGACAUCCAGGAUCUAGUGAUUACCUUUGGAACUCCUACAGUGGUACUUGCAGAGAUGAUCCCAGUGCAAGUCCCCAUACAGAAGAAGCCACCCCCACAACCCCCACCACCCCCAGUGCUGCUCACAGCCACAAGCGGGAGCAGGUACUCAGCCCCCACCCCUGCCUCUACUCGAGUGGUGUCCACUGGCCAAGAUACCCUGCACAAGUUCCAGCGACAAUCCAUCCACCUGUUGACAGAGCUGCUUUCCCUGAAGAUGAAGGCCAUGGUGGAGUCUGCCUCUGCAGGUGCCAAUCCUCUGGACAUCACCAGGCGCUUUGUGGAGGCCAGCCAGCUCCUCCAUCUCAAUGCCAAGGAGAUGGCCUUUGACUGCCUGAUAGGCACUGUUGGAAAAAGCUGCUUUAGUGCAGCCCAGCUGGGGAAAGAAUCUCCCAUGAACAUUUCUGCCAUGGGAGUAAACACUCCUUACCAGCUGGUCUACCAGACUUCCACAGCCUGUCUGAGCUUUUCCCUCUCUACAGGAAAGGAAGCCAAGAAGAAAGACACUGGAGGCAAAAAGGCUGCUGAUGAUAUCAUGUCCCCACUCCCUCGAGUCCGAACCCCUCCUGAAAGCAUCAUCAUUGAGUUCCAGGACCCCUGCCCUGAGGCCCGGGAAAAGCUGCAGGAUAUGUGUCGCCACAUAGAAGCCGAAAGGAUCUCGUGGAGAGGGAGGAAUGCCUCCUGCCCCAUGAUUUUACGCAAUUACAGGGCAAAGAUGCCCUCUCAUUUAAUGGUGACCUCCAAGGGGGACUCUCACCAUCCUCCCACUGUGGGGACUCCGGUUACUGCUUCCACUCCUCACCAGCCUUCCAGCCACCAUGCUCACAUGGGCCGCCAUUCUCAAGAGUGGAAAGGGCCCAAGAAGCAUAUCAAGCUGCAUUACACUUUCUACGAUGGCUCUUCUUUCGUUUACUAUCCCUCUGGAAACAUCGCCAUGCUUCAGAUUCCCACAUGCUGCAGAGGGAAACCCAUCACCUGCCUCUUUAACGACAUGCCUAACACCUUCCUGGCUCUGUUCAAUGCUGAAGGCCAGGGCUGUGUUUACUACAACUUGAAGAACAGCUGUCCAUAUGUCUUGGUUUUGGAUGAAGAAGGUGGAAUCACAAAUGACCAGAAGGGCUACAUAGUCCAUAAGUGGAGCUGGGCUAACAAGACUGAGACAUUGCUCUCUCUGGAAUACAAGGUUAAUGAGCAAAUGAAGUUAACAGUCUUGGGACAGGACUCCAUCACUGUCACCUUCACCUCCAUGAACGAGACAGUAACAGUCAGUGUGUCGCCCAAAAGCUGUCCCCAUGGCAUGGUGCAUGACAAACGGCCAAUUCGCAGAAUCAGUACCAUGGAUGAUAAGAUGAUGAAGAUAAACAGAGCCUUGGUUGAGAUCAAGAAGCGGUUUCAGAAGACUGUGAGUCAGUUUAUGAACUCCGUGUUGCUGGCAGCAGGUCUGUUCACCAUAGAAUAUCCCACCAUGAAGGAAGACACAGAAGCUAGUCGGGUCAAGUUAAAAUCCGGGUCUUUUCCUGAUCGGGCCCGUAAGUCAAGUUUAUACCAAGGAGAAAACCUUGUGCGAUCCCAGUCAGCCCGACCAGAUUCCUUAAUUGAAGACACAUUGAAGGAAGAGUGUAUAUGCACACCCGUGAUCCCUGUUCAAAAGAAGAGCAACAAACUCCAGGCCAAAGUCACAUCAAGAGGGAAGCUGGGAGAGGUCCGCAGCCCCACCAGGUGGGCAGCCUCACCCUAUGACUGCCCACUGGUGCUGCGGAGGCUCAUUCGCAAGGAAGACAUCCGGGCCGGCUGCAAGUGUAUUGUGAAGGCACCCCUGGUGUCCGACUUGGAGCUAGAGCGCUUCCUGUCUGCACCCCGAGACCCCAACCAAGUGCUGGUAUUCGGGAUAAUGUCGGGCCAGAAUCCCAACUGUACUGCACAGCUGCAGUGGCUGUUGGACUCACUGUAUAGCCAUCGACAGCAGGGCCGUUCCUCACCCUGCAUCCAGUGCCGGCAUGAUCCUUACCGUCUGCUGCGGUAUGACCUGGACAGCCCCUUGCAGAAGGAUCCACCCCUAAUGAUGAAGAAGUUUGCUGUGGUACACGGGAUGGUUUUGAUGUUUGCUGGUGGGAGGCUCCUUUUUGGGGGCUGUGUCCUAAAUGGCUAUGGCUUCAGCAAGCAGAAUCUGCUGAAACAGAUCUUCCGGGCUCGACAGGACUGCAAGAUGGGCUACUUCCUGCCAGACAACUACAAAUUCAACAUGUCAACCUAUAUCGCAAGCUUGGAUGAUCCUGAGUCAGCUAAAAGAGCCCCAUCUGAAGAUUUCGAAGGAAGUAUCUCUUCGUUGGCACUUGGGGACAAAAUGGAGAAAACACCUUCUACCCCCCCUGACAAGUUAAAUCAGCCUGAAGUGGACCUGCAGCCUUCCAUCAAGAACAGGAGGAGCAGUAAGAAGACAGGCAGCUGGAAGAAGUCAGGUUCUAAGAAGUGAUGCUGGAAGAGCCAGAGAUGCCCUCCCCACACCCAGCCCUACCUCCUAGUCUCCCACCACCCUUCAAUAAACACGCCUGCCUCCA